AUGAGGUCGGAUAACCAAAAUCUUGAUGUCUAUGGGAAAAUCUGCCGCGAAAGGACAAAGAAAUAUACUGUCAAAAAUAGACAGAUACAGGUCAUUGACAAUGAUAAUGAAGUUCAUAUGAGGCCAUUGCCAGGGAUGAUCAGUUUUUCAGUUGCUGGACCCGCCCCUGAAAAGAAGAAAGCACCGGCACGAGGAUCAGAGACGAAGAGAACUAGAAGAGACCGUGGAGAAAUGGAAGAGAUCAUAUUUAAGCUAUUUGAAAGGCAGCCAAAUUGGAGUUUAAGAAACCUCAUACAAGAAACCGACCAACCUGAACAAUUUCUGAAAGAUAUACUGAAAGAACUUUGUGUCUACAAUAACAAAGGAACUAAUCAAGGCACCUAUGAACUGAAGCCUGAAUACAGAAAAGCUGGUGAUUAG